AUGGCCUCGUUGAAAGAAUCCCUGGCUGGCCCGGGAUAUGUGAUUCUUAAUGCCAUUCGUGUGAUAAACAUCAUUGUGUUUCUGGACAUUAUUGCUGCUAGUGUGGUCAUGCUGGUCAAGAUCUCCCUUUUAACAAACUUUUUCUUUUUUGAGGCUGUCUCUCAUGUCGCAAAUGCGGGAGUCAGCAUAUUCCUCAUUAUUUCCGAGCUUCCUGUUUUCCGUGGCUACUUUGAUCGGAACUGGCCAUUAUUGGGGCAAGACUCAGGAUUCAUCACGUUGGCGAUAGCAAUGCUAAUUCUAGGCGUUGGGGUCUUGGGAGACCUGAACACAAAAGCCACAAGCCAGGAGGCUCUUGGAAUGGCAUUCUGGCGGAUUGUGCUCUCUGCCGGCAUCCUAGCUAUGAUCAUGAGUGUGGUCAAUGCAAUCUCGAGCUUUAUUUUUGCGGAUAGCGAUCUGGGUGUCAGUGCACGACAUGUGCGGGUCUAUGGAGCAGUGGCACCCCAGAAAGUGAUGACGCGAAGUGGCAGUCAACGCUCCUUUCAGCUCGGCAUGAAGAGGGAAGAGACUCUGCCGACAUACAGCCCACAAAGCUCGGUCAGAAGGCAGAUGUCGAUGCGGCAGAAUAUCCGAUUCCCUCUGAAGAUUUCUUCGCCAGUCAACCCGAUCAAUCUGAAUGAUGCGGCGUCAUCGAAAUACUCGAGGAACUCCGCAGGGUUGACGAUUCCCGACCUCGCCCAUCACCCGGCAAUGCACAUCAAAUCGGUCUUCAUCUUCUUCGCGCCCAUCAUCAUCCCCCGGGCAAUCAACUACUACCGCAGCCUUCGAGUCGCCUUAGCCACACGUCCAUCCCCUCGAGCUCUCCCACAAGAUGCCAGCCGCGCCCUAAACGUCCUCUUCUGCGCCAUCACCCUCUUCUUCUGCCUCAGCCUCCCCUUCAACCCGCACGCGCCCUCCCAAAGCAUCUUCACCCUCACCCACUCGCGCAUCACCACCUCCACCGACAUCAUCUUCUCCCGGCUCGCCCGUCUUCGCCCCAAUGAAACCCUCACCCCCACCGACAUCCUCCUCAAAUCCAAAUUCACCUCUGUCGGCGCCCGCAAACUCUACCUCCGCUUCGGCCCCGACCCCCUCACCCAAUGCGCCUUCUGCUCCCUCGAUAACCUCCACACCUUCGCCCUCUACCACCUCCCCUUCCACCUCUUCCUCCCACACCUCUUCCACCUCGCCAUCAUCGGCCUCACCACCGCCGCCCCCUUCGCCGGCCCCGAUGCAUCCAAAUGGCGUAAACCCUUCACCAUCGCCGCUAUCGCCCUCGCCCUCCUCGACAUCUACAUCGUCCUCACCUACGAUCCCAUGCAAUAUGCCUCCGCGGCCGUGCGCGCCGGCGUCGCCAUCCCCUCCAGCUCAUAUUACCAGCUCGGAUUACUCCGUCCUCUCGUUUUCGCGGUCUUUGAUGGCGUCUGCGCCCUACUCAUCUAUCUCUCCGCGACGCGUCGAUUCUUCUUCGCCCCGCCCUCGCAGGCUGAACAGGUUGAUCAGCUCGUUUUGGCGUCCUUGAAUGCGCUCUCUGGCACGACGUCAAAGUUACAUGCUGUGAGUGUGGCGCGGAAUGCGGUCGUUCGGGAUAAGGUUCUUAAGGAUCGGGAUGACGCGUAUUGGCGGACGGUGGUGGCGAUGAAUGUGGAUAAUCCGGCGUUGAAGGAGAUGUUUGUUAAGGGUGGAGGGGGUGAGGGGGGUGGGUCGCCGGCUCCGGGUUCGAUUUGGGAGGAGGAGGAAGUUGUUCGGGCUAUGUCGAGGGCGAUGGCUGGACAGGGGGGUGUGGAUUUGGCGAGGUUGGGGGUUGAGGCGUCGGAGUAUGUUAAUGGGGUUACGGCGGGGUUGGAGGGGAAUUAG